AUGGAACUGUUCAAAGUUGAGGGGUGGAAUCUUAAAACCAAUCAAGUUGCUAAAGAGGCUAAAAAACUCAACCCUGCAAAGGAAAAACAUAAACAAAAGAAGAAAAAUGCAAAGAAACAGCGUAAUGAACAAGUAAACGCUGAGGAUGAGCAAAAUUCAAUCACAAAUACAACUGAAAAGAAGAUUACGAAGCGAAAGAAGCAGAAGCUUGCAUCAAAUGUAACUUCGACAGCUGUUAAAACCGAAUCUACUGCUCAACCAAAGAAAAAUCUUACCUUAUUGCAACAAAAGAUGUUGGCAAAAUUAACUGGUUCAAGGUUUAGAUGGAUCAAUGAACAAUUAUACACGAUUUCUUCAGAAGACGCAUUAAAGCUUAUUUCGGAACAACCACAAUUAUUCGAUGAAUAUCACGAUGGAUUCCGUUCGCAAGUUCAAUCAUGGCCAGCAAAUCCAGUAGACGUAUUCAUAGAACAAUUUAAAGCACGUUCAGUGAAACCAAUAAAUGCUCCAGGUGGUCUACCAGGUUUGCAAAAAGAUAAAAAACUGGUGAUCGCCGACAUGGGCUGCGGUGAAGCUGAAUUGGCGCUAAAAGUUGAUCAAUUUUUCAGACAAAGAGCUAAACAAAGGAAAAAUAGGAAGAUUAGCUAUGAAAUUCACAGUUUUGAUCUCAAAAAAGCUAAUGACAGAAUUACUGUUGCAGAUAUUCGUCACGUCCCUCUAGAAGAUCAAUCAUGUUCCGUGGUUAUAUUUUGUUUAUCAUUAAUGGGUACCAAUUUCCUAGAUUUUAUUAAAGAAGCUUACAGAAUCCUGGCUCCAAGAGGUGAAUUAUGGAUUUCAGAAAUUAAAUCAAGAUUUUCUGAUGGUCAAGGUGAUGAAUUCGUGGACUCUUUGAAAUUAUUAGGAUUUUUCCAUAAAAAGACUGAUAAUGAUAAUAAGAUGUUCACAAGAUUUGAAUUUUUCAAACCAUCUCAAGAUAUUAUCGAAGAAAGAAAGGCCAAACUAGAGAGAAGACAGAAAUUCAUUGAAGUAGAAACUAAGAAGGAAGAAUUAGAGAAGAAGAGGUCUAAGGUUGCUGAAGGUAAAUGGCUAUUAAAACCAUGCAUUUACAAAAGAAGGUAG